GUAUGCAAAUCAAGGACGCUUCGCCGGUUAAACAUUAGGGGAAGCUCAUUCAAAGGAAAGAACCAAAGAAUCAGCUAAAGUCAUGGCACGCAAGGGCUUGAUCGUCUCUAUUGGCGCCGUACUAGCAGUUCUUUGCUUCACACAAGCUCAGGCCGCAAGCAAUGGCUCGAGUAUUAUAACUCCACCACGUAACUUCCAAAUGGACGUCACUCACAAUGGCAACUGCUUUACUCUAAUGUGGACUGCAUGUAAUCCCCCAGCCAGCUGCACCAUCAACCUUAAGUGGAAGAAGUCAUAUACUGGGGGGUCCAUUGAAGGAAAUGAAGACAAUUUGCCCCAAGUAGUGACUCCCAACAAUGCUACCUAUACCUAUUGUGGCUAUAACACCAAUGCAACCAACUCGUCAUGCUGCAAGUACCAAGGAGGAAAGUCCUUGGGGGUUUCCUUUGUCGAGUACGACACUGUCAGCUUUGAAGUCAAGCACUGUGUGCCUGGUAGUCCUGGAAAUUGCGUCAGUGAUGCAAAGUGGCAUCAAUAUGUUGUACCAACUAAAGAUGAGUGCUUCACUGGAAAUCCUUGCAAAAAUGGAGGCUCGUGUGUAACUGCUGGGGCGAAUGCAUACAACUGUACAUGCACCAGUAACUAUAUGGGCAAGAACUGUGAUGACCUAAAACCCACACAGUCACCAACUUCUGGCACAAAUGUGAUCACCGCAAGCAUCCUCGCACAACUCAUCAUGCUCUUGACUGUGUUAGGGCUGAUGUAGAGCAAGUCAGCAAAAAUGUGGACCACUCGCUGUUUUAUCAUCCAGGAAAAAUAGAAAUUAUUCCCUUCUACACAACAUAUAAUGUCUACACCUUAUCCAGGCACCAGGCACCCCCCAUGACCACCCAAAAGUUGGUCAUUUCCCAUUAAAGGAUUGUCAAAUACAAUUCUUUUUCCCAUUAAAGGAUUGUCAAAUACAAUUCUUUUUCCCAUUCAAGGAUUGUCAAAUACAAUUCUUUUUCCCAUUAAAGGAUUGUCAAAUGCAAUUCUUUUUUCAACUAAGAUUGUACUCAGCAAAUCAUGUACAUAUCUACUUUCUCCUUGCGUAUCAUUGUUACCCCCUGCUAUUGUAGUCCAAUGAAUUCUAUUUAUCAUUCCAAGUUGUUUAAAUUUCUUGCUGGUUUGCGUUUCAAUUUAGGUAUGUUUUGUCAGAGAGUGUUUUCUUUUUUGUCAUUUUGUGUUAAAUUUUAGCGAGGUUCUAUCCCACAUGUUAUAUUAGUCCAGUCUACAGUAUCGGAGCAGGUUAUUCAUUGCUUUUGGUAGCUCACAUAUACUACCGGUAAAAAAAGUUUUUUUUUGUUUCGAUCAUUAAUGAUCUAUUAUCAUUAUCGUCUCAUAGUCUUAUGAUUUACGAUUUAUUACAAUAUUUUUUUUUUGAAUUUAUAUAAACUAGUUUUUGUUUUUAAUAUUAUUCGUUGGGUUUCUACAUAAGAAACCAAGGGAAGACUACUUAAUUUCUGUUCAUUUUUUUAAAGAAUAAAGAAACCAUGGGAAGAGUACUUAAUUUCUGUUCAUUUUUUUAAAGAAUACCAAAGAGUAUAUAUUUUAGGCAUUUGAUAUUUAUGCCUACGAUGUAAACAAAAUCUUUCGACUUAAGCUUAUUUAUAAAAUCAGACGAUAAUUAUAUCAAUGAAUAAAUAAAUGUGAAACAAA